AAAUGUGUCGUUGAUGGUACGUAAUUACGUAUAUAAGGUGCCCUCGGGAGCAGAUUCUUCAGUAUCUCUGCCACUGCGUCCGCAUAAAACGUACUCGAAUAUUUGACGCUCUAAAAUGUUGUGGAAGCUUUUCUGCGUUGCUGCACUAGCUGUAGGUGUGUUCGGACGCACCACGUUCAAUGGUGUUACCAACGUCUACAACUACGACCCCUAUGACGAAUAUAGUGAAAUAUUGGCCACAGAAUAUUGUAAGGCCGGUCAUGCUGAGCAAAAGAUCCCAGAAGUUAAGUCUUCCAUAAAAGCGUUCGGAAGCUGUUUGCUCGGCUUGUUUGAUACUGCAACGAUUGGCGCCGAGUUUGAGGCGGCACAGGCUAAUGGAUCUUAUGAUACCGUAAUCAGGAAGUACUGUACUAAAGCACCACAGCUGAAGGAAUGUGCUCGCGGCCUGGUCGAAGGCAUGGCUCCAUGUCUGCCUGUCGAAACUACUGCCACGGGUCUUAAGAGCACCAACACACUGAUCGACUUCGUGUGCGACAACGAUGGCGCGAGGGUUACCUCUUUUGUUAAGGAAGGAGGCCCCCAGUGCAUCAAAGAGAACCAACUUGAUAUGGCAUUUUGCCAGCAAGCCAUGAAAUCCAACGUCACUAAACUUAUGGAUGUACAUGGAGGUGGAGUGGCCGGCUCACUGGCAGUGUCUGAACAGGAGAGGUGUGCUCUCACGGACGAGGGUUUGACGUGUCUAGUGAACGUGCUCAAGAGCUGCUCAAACCCCAUCCCCGGGAGAUUGGGUCAAGAGUUCCACGAUGUCUACUUGGAGAGCAUGUCCUGCUCUGAGGUAACACAAGAGCAUCAUAAAGAAGUUGCUCAGACGUUAUCGGGUCCAGUAACGAGUGAAAACGUGGAGCAACUGAAGAAGAAGAAACUGGAAUUAGAAGUACGGAUCGCGGAACUAGAGAUGUGGAACAGAGAAAACGAACUGAACGUACAACACACUGUCCUCACUUCGGACAUAAAGAGGAAUUAAAGGCCUGUUAUAGCUUAUACCGGGUGUGGCCUGUAAUAUGAGCAAAUAAUUAAACUGUAGUCUGUACUCCUCAUACUGACCAACAUUUGUUCAGCGACUUUUAAAAAUAACUUAUGGUUUGAUUUUUAAUACAAGUUUAUUCUAAGACGCAAUGUAUUGCGAAUUUUGUUAUGUUUAAGGCGUGACAAGACUGACAAGCAACGUCAACCACAAUGAUAAUAUUUAUGUGUAGUGGCGUGUAGCGAUAAUAUUUAUUUUGUAUGAAAAAUAGGGAGUCUAAAUACUUCAUUAUAAUCAUUAUUUUUAAAAGUUGUUGAACAAAAGUGUCGCCGUUUGAGGAGUACAAUCUAUGUUUUAAUUAUUUGCUCGUGUUACAGGCCACACCCGGUAUACUAAGCCCCUUCUUUGUACACUACAAAAAAGCCUGUCUGUAGUGUCUGUACAGUGUCUUUAUUUAAGUUUUUCUUGUACUUACGUAAUGUUAACAAAUUGAAAUUGAAAUUCAAUGAUUUAUUUCAUCUUUUUGAUGUAAGAGUAGUUACAAAAUUUCUUAAAAACUGUGUUAGUAACUACAAUAUUAUUAAUAUAAAAAUUAUGUGUAAGUACAAAUAGAAAUUUAAGUAUACAAAGUUCAAGUUAAUGUUCAUAUUCCUAUAAUGGUUUUUAAACAAAAGAUUUUUUUCUGUAAUAUUUAGUACUUUUUUAAAUAAAAUGGAAAUACCUCUUUUUA